AUGAGCGACAAGGUGAAUACUGCAGCCACAGAAGCUACGAAAGCUCCCAAGGAGCUGAAAGCCGGCGAAAGCAAGUCCCAGGAACCCACUGAGGGUGGUGCCCUCUCGAACAAAGAGCUCAAGGAAUUGAAAAAACGAGAAAAGGCUGCGAAGAGAGCUGCUCAGAAGGAGGCUCAGGGAAUCAGUCCUGAACAACAACAGAAACUUGCUGAACAGAAGAAGGAGAAGAAUCAGGAGCGACAGAUGGCUACCAAUACAAACUUGCGGAAGAAAUUGGACCUGAGCUUGAUCAAAGACGACAACAAGAAGAAGAUUCCUGCGAUGUUCAGUCAUUUGGAAACCCGAGAACAAAGAAACGCAUCAUCUCCUUCAAUUUCUCAUAUUGUUCACCCAGCCAUUUUGUCGUUGUCUUUGAAGAUUUCAAGCUACAAGAUUGUGGGCUCAAUUCCCCGGUUGACCAGCAUGCUAGAGGUGUUCAAGACAAUCAUAAAGGACUACAAGACUCCUUCUAACACAUCUUUACAAAGACACUUGACGGGACACUUGUCGCACCAGAUCGAGUACUUGAAGAGUGCCCGGCCAUUGUCAGUGUCUAUGGGAAAUGCUAUCCGUUGGUUGAAGCAAGAAAUUUCUCAUAUUCCGUUAGAUCUUAAAGAGCUUGAGGCCAAGACCCUCUUAUGCGAAAAGAUCGAUGAUUUUAUCAAGGAGAAGAUCGAGUUGUCCGACCGAGUCAUCAUCGAAAAUGCCUCAAAGCACAUCACCAAUGGGUCCACAAUCUUAACGUUUGGCCAUUCACAGGUGUUGGAACAGUUGUUCAAAUACUGUGUGACCGAGCAGAACAAGAUGUUCAAUUUGGUGAUAGUAGACUCCAGACCGUUGUUUGAAGGCAAGAAGUUGUUGAGAAACCUUGUUGACACCCACUACAUGCCUGGUUCUGAAGAGGUGGGGUCUGAAACCACGUCGGAGGUGAGUAGCAUUAGCAGCCGUGGUCCUAAGCCCAAACCCAUCACUCAAGACUUCAUCAAAGUGCACUACGUGUUGAUAAAUUCGUUAUCGUCGACGAUAUUAGAGGACGUCGACUGCGUGUUUUUGGGUGCCCAUGCCAUGUUGUCGAAUGGUCGGCUCUAUUCCCGUGUGGGAACAGGGUUAAUUGCCAUGAUGUGCCACAACAGAAACAUUCCCGUGUUGACGUGCUGUGAGUCGGUCAAAUUCUCCGACAAAGUGCAGUUGGACUCGGUGACCAACAACGAGUUGGCGGAUUCGGAGGACUUGCUCCAGAAUUUGAAUGGAAAGGAGGCUCCUAAGAAAAAGGCAGUGGCAUUGGAGCAGUUCAUGAAGCAGUUUGAACACAACGAACCACAGGCACCUGUCAAGCCCACCCAGAAGGGCAAACUGCAACCGAAGAAGAUCACGGUGGGUGAAGAGGAAAGAGACAGUAAGCAUGAGUCCCCUUUGAAGGACUGGAAGAAUAUCCCCAACUUGAACAUCUUGAAUAUCAUGUACGACUUGACUCCUCCCGAGUACAUCAAGAAAGUGAUCACCGAGUUGGGGGCGUUACCACCUUCCUCUGUGCCUGUGAUCUUGAGGGAGUACAGAAGCACAUAG